AUGUCUUACGGCGGUGACAACAACGAUAACUACGGCUCUCGCCGUAAUGACGACAACUUCGGCUCUGGUGGAAACCAGCAAUAUGGCUCCGGAGGAGACUCAUUGGGCUCUGGGGGAGAUUCAUACGGCUCUGGUGGAAACCAAUUCGGCUCUGGCAACCGCCGUAACGAUGACAGCUCAUUUGGUACCAGUGGCCAGGGCGAGUUCGGCUCUGGAGGUAACUACGGCAGCUCUGGCAAUGACUCGUUUGGAUCUGGAGGAAACACCUAUGGCUCCGGCGGCAAUGACAACUUUGGCUCUGGAGGCAAUGAUACCUACGGCUCGUCCCGUAACCAAGACUCUUCUUUUGGAUCCAGCGGCCGCCAGGGUGAUUCGUCAUAUGGCUCAUCAGACACCUAUGGCCAAAGCCAAGGUCAAGGCACCGAGUCAUAUGGUUCAAGCAACCGCAACGAGGAGUCUUCGGGCCAACGCUCCAAGGGCGAAGGCCUUUUCGAGAAGGUGAAGGACAAGGUGUCGCACAUGGGCAGCCGUGGCGGCAACUCCGGUGGCGAUAACUACUAA